AGGAGCAGGCGGCUCGGCCGGCAGCGGUUACCCAGGGUUUCCGGUGAGAGGCCAGAGCGGGCGAAGCUGUAGGGAGGUCGGCGGUGAGGACCUGCUCCCAGCCUAGCGUUGCGGACCACAAUGAAGAACCAAGACAAAAAGAAUGGGACUGCCAAGCAGUCGGGCAACUCUUCCAACCCAAAAAACAACCCGGGGCAAGCGGAAGCAGGACCAGAGGGAACCCAGGGGCGGCCCAGCCAGCUGGCUCCUGCGACAGAAGCCGAAGGUUCCUCCAGCCAGGCUCCGGGGAAGACUGAGGGAGCACAGGCCAAAACUGCUCAGUCUGGGGCUCUCCGUGAUGUCUCUGAGGAGCUGAGUCGCCAGUUGGAAGACAUUCUGAGCACAUACUGUGUGGACAACAAUCAGGGGGGCCCAGGUGAGGAUGGGGCACAGGGUGAGCCUGCUGAGCCCGAAGAUACAGACAAGUCCCGGACCUAUGCUUCGCGAAAUGGGGAGCCUGAGCCAGAGACCCCAGUAGUCAAUGGUGAGAAGGAGACCUCCAAAGGGGAGCCGGGCACAGAUGAGAUCCGGGCAAGUGACGAGGUUGGAGACCGAGAUCACCGAAGGCCGCAGGAGAAGAAGAAAGCCAAGGGUCUGGGGAAGGAGAUCACCUUGCUGAUGCAGACAUUGAACACGCUGAGCACCCCAGAGGAGAAGCUGGCAGCUCUGUGCAAGAAGUAUGCUGAACUGCUGGAGGAGCAUCGGAACUCGCAGAAGCAGAUGAAGCUGCUGCAGAAGAAGCAGAGCCAGCUGGUGCAGGAGAAGGACCACCUGCGCGGGGAGCACAGCAAGGCUGUGCUGGCCCGCAGCAAGUUGGAGAGCCUGUGUCGUGAGCUGCAGCGCCACAACCGCUCCCUCAAGGAAGAAGGCGUGCAGCGGGCCCGGGAGGAAGAGGAGAAGCGCAAGGAGGUGACCUCACACUUCCAGGUGACGCUGAAUGACAUUCAGCUGCAGAUGGAACAGCACAAUGAACGCAACUCCAAGCUGCGCCAGGAGAACAUGGAGCUGGCAGAGAGGCUCAAGAAGCUGAUCGAGCAGUACGAGCUCCGGGAGGAGCAUAUCGACAAAGUCUUCAAACACAAGGACCUGCAGCAGCAGCUUGUGGACGCCAAGCUCCAGCAGGCCCAGGAGAUGCUGAAGGAGGCAGAGGAGAGGCACCAGCGGGAGAAGGAUUUUCUCCUCAAAGAGGCAGUGGAGUCCCAGAGGAUGUGCGAGCUGAUGAAGCAGCAGGAGACCCACCUGAAGCAGCAGCUGGCCCUAUACACAGAGAAGUUUGAGGAAUUCCAGAACACUCUUUCCAAAAGCAGUGAGGUGUUCACCACAUUCAAACAGGAGAUGGAGAAGAUGACUAAGAAGAUCAAGAAGCUGGAGAAAGAAACCACCAUGUACCGGUCCCGGUGGGAGAGCAGCAACAAGGCCCUGCUUGAGAUGGCUGAGGAGAAAACACUCCGGGACAAAGAGCUGGAGGGCCUACAGGUGAAAAUCCAGCGGCUGGAGAAGUUGUGCCGGGCACUGCAGACAGAGCGCAACGACCUUAACAAAAGGGUACAGGACCUGAGUGCUGGUGGCCAGGGCUCCCUCCCUGACAGUGGCCCUGAGCGAAGACCAGAAGCCACAACCGCCUCCAGGGAGCAGGGUUGUGAGGGUCCGGGGGCCCAGUCACCGAGCUCCCCAAGGGUCUCAGAAGCUCCUUGCUGCCCAGGAGCAGCGAGCACAGAAACACCUGGCCAAGUGGGGCCCCAGGAGCCCACCUCCACCACCGCCUAGGGAACCUGGCACGGGGGGCGUGCUGGGAAGGGAGCGAACGGCCCAGCCAGGCCUAGCCCAGGCAGGGCUCCCAUCGCUCAGCAGUCCGGUGCUGAGGCCCAGGGUGCUCCGACCUGGCUGACAUCUGACACUUUGCAGUUUUGGAUUCUGUGGGUCAGUUUUACAUACAUAUGGCAUAUGUGCAAGGCCUCCUACAUUCCUCUCUCUCUGCGGAGCAUGGGCUUCCACUGGAGGUGGGGGUGUGUACGGGUCAAGUCACUGGCUCUUCUCUGAGCUGAAGAGUCUCAAAGAGGAGCUGCCGUUUGUAGCUGCUGUCCCAGUGAGCUGGCAGGACAAGUGACUUGAGCCUGCCCCUGCCUGAUUGAGGCUCAGACACCCCCCCCCCUUCUGCCCUUCAGGGCUUGUGACAAGUGACACACUUGGGCCUUGACUGCGUUUCCCUCAUUAGCAGGGCUUGGGCAACUCUGGCUUUCCUAGCUGCCCUGGAGCCUCCUUUACUUCUCUCAACCUGGAGAGGGGGGUCCCUGGGCAGGGCCAGCAGAGCUGAAGAUCCAACUGCUGUCCUGCUCUGGACAGGGGACCUGGAGAAAGUGGCUGUGGGCUGGUACACGGUUAGGGAGCCCUCAGGUGGUGCCAGGACCAGGCCGGCAAUGCUUCUCAGUAGCCUUAUCAUUCACAGGUGCCUCUCUAGCCUGCACAAAUGAUUGACGAGACCACCCAAAGGAUGCUUUCUGAAAGUUUCUGUUUUUUGUGUGUUUUUUGUUUGUUUUGCACAUGACAGUGUAUGUAUUGAUCUGAGGAAGGAGGAGGGUUGCUGGCACAGUUGCCUUCCCGUGCACCCCAGCCUCGCCACCCCAGCUGGUAUCUUUGUCACGUUGGUGCUGAGCUUUCCUGUUUGGUGAAAUCGGAUUGCAGUUAGGAGGAAGGGAAGGGCCUCUGAUGGUCUUACCACAAGCUUGCCUGUGUUUCAGUCCUGGGACACCACUGCUGAUUGAUGCCCAUCACUGCUGUUUCCAUGCGGCGGUUGCUGGGCCCUGUGCCCAACUGUCGUCCCCUUGGCUUUUAGGAGUCUGUUUCUGCUUCUGACCCCACCCUUAAUGUGCAAUCCUUGAGAUUUGCCCUGGUUCCUUUGCCUAAGGAAUAAGCUGAAGUAUGUCCUUGACAUCUCACUUCCUGUGUGGGAGCCCCCAGCUCUUGUCUGACACCUGAGGGACAGCGUGAGACUUGAGGAUUGAUGAGCCUCAGAAAUCCAUAGAAUGGCUGACAUUUUGGGUCUUGUGGCCCCCUCACACCCCAGUACUUGGUACUUUGGCCUGAAGGUUCUACUGCUUGCAUACUUGCCAGGGUAUUCACCAGUCUAUACGGAAGAAUUUUCUGGAACAACAGAAUGAGGCAUGGGUUGGGAAACUGGGCUCAGCUGGGCUUGCGGUACUACACCCCACCUCUACCUGGGCCUUGGCUUCAGUGUAGCUGAGGGAGCCAUGGACCAGGAGGCACAGCAUGGCGGAGCUUUUGUUUCUUGCUGAAUUUCCUUGAAGCUAGUUCAGUGUCCUGCAGGGCCCUUCAUCUUCAACUCCCAGCCCGCUCUCCAUGCCUUUCACUUCAGUCCCUCCCAUAAACAGGUUCAUGAAGAGUGCAGAGGGCUCCUGUAACAUGUUACAACUUAGACCAGAGAUGGCAAAUGAAUGGCACACCAUUGUUCCGCUGCCCCCAUGGCAGCUACCAUCGAUUGGCCUCUGAGUAUUUCCCGCUAGUCCCUGGUAUAUCCUGUUCUCCUGUGGAGAAGUGUUUCCCUAAGAUCUUGCCCUCUGGCAAGUGGUCCCUGGACCUGCCUUUUCCUUGCCCAGUAAGGCCUUCCUCGCCCCACCCUCCCAGCCCCUGUGUCAGUCUGAGACACACAAGAACUGCCAGCCACGUGCAGGGUCUGCUGGGCUCUGGGAGCACAGGGAAGAGCAAGCUUCUGCCUGUCUGGUUGAAAGAGCAGGAGGCCUGCAGAAGCCCGUGCGAUUGCCUUGCUUCAGCUACCUCAUAGAGCCCGUGCGGUUGAGGGGCUGGCCGUAGGAGCCCAGUGUGGCGGUGUGGGGGUUCCCAGCUGUAAGGCACAGCCACCCCCAGAGAACCGGUCUAGUUACUGUGGGGCUGCAGUGAGCAAGGUGGCCCAGCCAGGCUUCCUGGAUCCUGUAUCCAGGCCCUGGGUGAGUAGAACCUUUGCUUUCAGCUUCAGCCAUGUCUAGGUGUCCGGGUCAGCCUACGGAUGAGGAUUCCAUUUUCCUUCUUCCUGUCCCUCUUCUCUCCAUUGACCAAAUCACACUAAUCACUACAGCUGCUCUGCUUGUUCUGCUUUCCAAAGUCCGCCCAGGUGCCUGGGCACUGCCCUUGCCAGCCAUGAGCCUGGGCCCCAUGCAGGGAAGGUGGCCUAACUGGAUGAAGGCCAAUGCCUUCCUCUCCAGGGCAGGUCCCAAGCACAUGACCUCAGUUUUAGGACCAAGAGCUGUGUUGGAUUCUUAAGAUUGCUCGCGCUUCCUCCAGGAGACCAUUGCUGGUGAGGCUCGCCGCCCAGAGCCCUUGGCCCUGCUGACAGUAAUUUGUGUUCUGGACCUUGCCCGGCUGAGAGCCUCACGUACACCAGAUUCUUGAGCGGUAUUGGCAGCACUUUGUUUUAAUUUUGUUUUCCAUGAGGUUUUUGGACCAUGGGCUGAGCUCAGGCACUUUCUUUAGGAGAAUGUUCUGUCUGUGAAGAUGGUUAUUUCCACUCCACCGCUCCCAUCACAGUGGCCCUGCUGAGGGCUGACCCAGAGGCCAGUGGAACUGCCCUAGUAGCUGGGGGGGAGGGCCAACGCCUGCUGAGCUGACUCCAGCUGCUGCCCCAGCCCUCCCACCAGAGCAGCACAGAGGUGGUCACCCCAGGGACAGCCAGGCACCUGCCUGGGGGAGGGGUGCUGCCUUCUGUCCCUGUAACUGCUUCCCAUAUGGCCCAACCUGGCCACCCAGGUUUGUUUUAAAGCUGUGCUGACAGCUUUUUUUUUUUUUUUUUUUUGGUCUCCUUUUGGUAUUCACAACAGCCAGGGACUUGAUUUUGAUGUAUUUUAAACCACAUUAAAUAAAGAGUCUGUUGCCUUA